AUGCAGUGGCCGAACGACUUUGGCUACGGAACGAUUCUGGGAUGUGGAGUGAGUGGAUUCAAAACGGAAGGCGGAAAGAGAUUGUCUGGUGCGAACCGCCUGUGGCGCAUCCUGAUCUCGGAGUCAGCUCACCUCAUAUGGAAGCUGCGCUGUGUACGCCGCAUACAACACGAAGACGACCCAAAUAAAUACCCGUCUCACAACGAGAUACACAAUAAGUGGGUUUUCACUAUAAACCAAAGGCUCUCCUUGGACCGAAGCGCGUGCAACAAGCGGAAAUUCGGACCAAAAGCUACAAGACCAGAUCUCGUGCUCAAAACCUGGAACGGGACUCUCUUCAACGAAAAAAACCUGCCAGAGAACUGGCUCUGGCAGGCUGGGGUUUUAGUAGGUAUACCACCAAGGAGGCCUCGUUUACCGAGACCGGACGGGUGA